UUGCGCAGCGGCAAGAGGCCUUUCUUUGUUCCCAGGGGUGCUCUCGCCCUGCUCCCCUCCUCCCCCGCCGGCGAGGUGCGGGCUCCCCGGGGCCUGCUGGCGCUCAGAGGCGCGGCCAUCCCUCCCCGCACCCCCUGGCUGCGCGGGCAGUUUCACUUCUGCAGCGCGAGCAGGAGGCCAGGUUCCCCCGGGGUGCGGGGGCCAGGCGGGCUCCGCGCUUCCGCACGAGCCGCCGCCGAGCCAGGAGCCGCUGGGCUGGCGGGCAGCUGCGCGCCCUCCCGCGGCCACGGAGCCGGGGGCAUGACGAGCCCCGCAGAAAAUGCAAAGGACAUUCUCGUGAUUUAUGAAGAAGAGGCAGAAGAAUGGGCUCUGUAUUUAAAAUCUCUUUUCAAACACAUAGUAAAGGAAGAAGGAAUCUUACUUUACAAUUUAGAAGUUUCAUCUCUUGAACAUAUUGAAUUGUGCUGUUUAUCCUGUUAUAAAUGCAAACUGCUGAUAUUAUCCAAUGGACUUCUAAAAUGUCUCAAUCAGACAAGAAGCCAUUUCCUGGACCAGGUUCUUGAACCACCAGAUAAGGUUGUGAUUCUGCUUUGUGGGGUGCACAAUUCAGACAUUCUCUAUGAAAUACUGACCUUAGACCAAAGUACCUGGGAGAUCUCUACUGAUCAAGAUCCUGAGGAAUACCUCUCCAUUGUGACCAGUAUUAUUCAACAAGGUGACCCACAGAACGAAGAAUUAGAAGAAUCGCUGUCUUAUACCUAUGCAGAAGUUCUUGCAAACGAUUAUCAAGAUAAUUCUUAUACUAACACUUUGGAUGUAAUAGCAUUAGGACAAAAAAAUGUGAAUUUGGAAACUGAUGUGGCUUCUGAAACAGUGGAAAUUAACAGACCAUCAGUACUUGUGUUACCAACAAGAAUACCAUGUGAGAACCCUGGUGAAAUAUUCAUUCUAUUGAGAGAUGAAAUAGCUGAUGAGACUGUAGAAAUUGAAUUCAUAACAGACAACAAACGAAUCAGAAUACAGCCAGACCAAUGGAAUGCGAAGGUCAGGUACAUGAAAGCUCUAGAUUUUCCUGCUGGCCUUGUAAAUGUAAAUGUCUACUGUGAGGGAGUCAUUAAGGCUGUGAUGCAGAUUGAAUACUACACAGCAAUAGGGGAGAUUGAAUGCAUACUUAAGAAAGUGGCUGACCCGAUAGCUUUUGCUUGUCAAGCUUUCAAGUUUUCUUCUGUAGAAAAGCUUGACAAUAUUCUGACCUUCCUAUUGAAAAGCGAGGUGUCUGCUUAUGAAUGCAAUGUUUUUCAGAGUGAAGAUAUGCACCAUGAACAAGCUAAUUUAAACUUGGAAGAGCUUCCUACUCUUCUCCACUGUGCAGCUAAAUUUGGAUUAAAGAACCUUACUAGUUUUCUGCUUCAGUGCCCCAAGGCAACUGAGGUUUGCAGAACAACCAACAAAUAUGGAGAAAACCCAGCAUGUAUUGCUGGAAAGCAUGGUCACAGUGAACUUCAAAAACUCAUCCAAGAAUUGUCAAUUAACGCAACAGAUGGUGAUCAAGAAGAAGAGGCAGAGGAAGAUGACACUUAUGUGGUCAUGCUCCGUUCAGAUUUUCCACUUACCUCUUCAUUAACAGCUAGGAAGCACCCAGAAGAUCAGCAUGAAAUUGGUCUGAAACAUUGGGAAGAAGCUGAUGAGAAGGCAGAAGACAGCGAGAGAGGUCAAGAAAACUUAAGAGAAGAGAAAGAGAAAGAUCCCGAAGAAAACAAACUAGAGGAAGCAACAUGCAAGUUUGAUAACAUCACUGACAAUUUAUAUGCCAGCAUACAUGAUGAUGAUGAUGAUGUUGUUGAUGAUGAUAAUGGUGAACAUGAAGUGGGCAGAAGAGACUCCUUUCUCUUUGACAGGCCACCUCUACCUCCUCGAGAGCCUGCUGCUACUCAAAUAUAUACUGAUCUUCACUCCUUUAUACCAGUCAGGAAAUUGGUGGAAGACAGAAAGGAAAGGGAACACACCAGUGGACGCCUAGAAGCAUACCAUGGAGAAGAACAAGAUAUAGCUGAGGAAGCACAGGGGGAAGAGGAUGAGGAGGAUCCAUACACUUUCGCCACAUUGGAGGAUGGUGUGUACGACAUGAUACUGGCUGCUUCUGAUGAGGAGAGAAGAAAGGAACGCAGAUCAUUUAUCAUGAACAGGCCACCAGCACCUGCCCCGCGUCCCUUGUUUUCCCCAAUCAAAGAAGAGAACACUCCAUACAUAGUACAAGUUUUUCAGCAAAAGGCCACCAGAACUCAUGGUGAUAAUGAGAAGAUGUACUCUGCUGUCAGGAAGCAAGACAGAGGUCAAAUUGAUUCUCCCACUUAUACCACAUUGAGACACUGCAUCCCCUCUGGGCAGGAAGAACUGAUCCUUCUGCAAGAACGAGUAAAGCAAGGGACAAUUUCUGUGGAUGAAGCACUUGAGAAAUUUAAACAAUGGAAGAAUGAAAAAAGCAGUUCAGCUAUCCCUCAGCAGGAAAAAGUACGCCAGCUCCGAGACUCCAUUAUCGGGAAAAGAGUAGAAAAGGAAAAUCUGUACGAUAAGAUCACCAUUGAACAUCACCCACAUGUCUCCAAAUAGAACCCCAACAGAAAAGGGACAGAUGCCUAAUUAAUUGAGCUCAGUUCUUCAUUUGCUUGCCUAAGGACAUUCCACAUCUCCAGUCUACAUCCCGACUGCAGGUUGAUACACAGCACGCAUCUAAGAAAGCAGCUAUGCUGUCAUGACCACAGUUUUGACAUCUUCAUCCUGAUAAAGUCCAGUAUCCCUAAAGCUAGCAUUAAUAAAGUUUCUCAUCAAGUCAGUGCUAGAUUUUAUGCUCUUCUCCUUGCUUUUUAUCUCAGUUGAUCUUCUAAAUGAGUGAUUAAGAAAAAAUAAAGAUGCAGCAUACCUUGUUUUGUUUAAGACUUUACCAUUAGUUUAAAUAUUCUACAUAACUGCUAGAGAUGUAAUGUUAACAGAGCUGAAUGUGAAGUUAUAAAACUGAUGAUUCAGGUUUUAUUUUCCAUUUAAAACCAUUUUUACAUAAAAAUGUACUUCCAGUGUUUACAGCAACUUGCCUGUUUUCGUAGGAAAAAAAAUAAUGAUAUUCUAAUGAGAGGCACUUUCUAACAGCUAUCAACCUAUAUAAGUCUGGAUAUAAAUCAGCACUAAUUAUCUCCAGCUAUUGUCAUGAUUAUAAAAGUAAUGCUUACAAGAAAGUUUUAUGUUUGUGUAUGUGUGUUUAAUAAGGUGCCCAGGGUAAACUAUAACCAAGAACCAAACUUUAGCCUCUAUUACACUGAUGCAACCCCAGUAAAGCAUACGGGACAUAUCUACACAUUCAUUAAUUCACAGUAGUUACUGCACAUUUAAUUUAGUACUUGAUUAAUGAAGUACUAACUAAAUGUACAGUAACUAGAGUUACUGCGCAGUAGUGCCAGCAAACACCUUUCUUAGUGACACUACUGCACAGUAGCCUAAUAAUACUGCACAGUAGUGUAUUAGCACUGCCUGUGCUGUGAUGCGCUACUGCUCACUGUUAUUAGACUACUGCGCUUUAAGCAUCUUGUGUAGACGUGCCCAUGGAGUAGUAGACAUUACCAAGCAGAAUUUCACUCAUAUUACAAAGUAUGCACGCACUUAGCAAUACAUUCAGAUUUAAAUAAGCAUUGCUGAAGACUUGCUAAAAUGACCUGUUUCAUCCACACCAGAGAAAUACACAGCUUUGUAUAUGCAAUGCUUAUGAUAGCCUGCAUCAUAACGUGCAGCUAACUAUUAACUUAGAAGCUCUUCCACCAUACUACAACUAGCUGUUGCCAAUAAUUAAUUUACUGGAUUUUCAGAGAAUAUAGUUUCCUCAAAUCUUGGAGAUUCUAAGAGGGGAUGGGGAGGACAUUGUUUUGUUUUUGGUUUUGAUUUUUUAAAUUAAAGUAUUUAAGAAUCAAUCAUCUAUAUCACUAGGUUUAGUCCUGUGGGUUGUUUGCACACUGUUCAUAGCAAGCCUCCUAUCGAGUGUUUAACAUCCUGAAUUUACUAGUCAGGCCAUGUGGUUGAUCUGUUAAGUCACACAAGGCGUGUCUACACGUGCAUUUAAGCAUGAUUAAAUGUAAUGUGCAUUCAGCUAAAGCACAUUAAGCAAUUUUUGGUAGAUGUCUACCUGUGCAGGGACUUGACACUGAACUUAGUCCCAAAACCCUGCAGCCCUGCCAGGUAGGGCAGACCCGGCACUAAAUUUAGUGCCAGGGCGCGUCUACGUGUGUGUUAAUGCACAUUAAAUAAUCACACCUAAAUGUGAUUUCUGCAUUUGCAUGAUGUCGUUUCUGAUCCCCAACUGAGAGCUCCAACUGGAGCACUUCACAUGCAGAUGCUAUUACUGAUACACAAGUAUCCAAACAUGGGUGUUUCUCCCUGAGCACUCAGCUUAAAACACCAAUGCCAAGUCCAGUCAAGUCACAAUCCAGAGGAGUAUAUGCUAGGCUUUUUUUAAACUGCUGUUUACACAGCUUUAGCUAGCAGCUAUUUGUGAUCUGGGUUAGGUUUAAAAUAGAGUUCAGGCUUGAAUUUGACAACAGCAUGGUCCUGUGAACUGUUCUCCUGAAGCUGCCACCCACACAGGUGCAUACUUUUCAGAGGCUAAGGGCUAGCUGAGAAGUUUGUCAGAGUUGUUUUAAUGAAAAAUUGGAUUGCUUGAACUAAAUUAAACAUUUUGCAUGAAAACGGUUCUGUUUUAUGUGGAAAAAUUCUAAUUUUUGUAAAAAAUUUGAAGAGCCAGUAGUGCUCUAAAAUCAGGAAAUUAUCAAAGACUAUAAUAUUAAUUUUAUAAAUUACUUCCAUAUCUUUACACCCUUCUUACUAAUUGCAUUCUUCGCUAAAUGGGAUGCUUACAGUAAUUAUAAGGUCAAUUAAAUUAAAUUCCCCAGUGCUGACAAAUGCAGAUAAUUCUCUGGAUAUCUUCCCUGACCAGUACACCAACAGAGCAUUUAGUCUUGACCCAAAAAGCAUAAAGAAAGGACUUAAAACUGCAUAAAAGAGCUGCCUGCUCUGAAGAUACAUCAUCGAAAAACUGAGAGGCACAAGACUGUAAUUAGAAGCAGAAGGUUCUGUAAGAGGGCCUGAAGUAUUUUAGAUUUGCCAGGGUCUCCAUAUGGAAGAUGAGUGGCCCGCUGGUAAGCUAGGCAAGCACAGAAAUCAUUCAUUGUCUAAAUAUAAGGACUUUGGCAAAAUGCUCUUGUUCUAAAUAAAUUAUAUUUUGCUUUAAGAAA